UUAAUGUUUUUGACGCUUUCUUGUUUUGUUUGUUUGCCUAACCUAAUCAAAUAUCUUUUUAAUUAGUAUUGAAUUUUUUGUUAUUAUAAGAAUUCACUAAAUAUCAAUUAAUUUAAAAAUAUUACAUCUAAGUUUACAGUAAUUGUCUUAAAAGAGUAUUAUAUUUUAUUAUUGUUUUCACUAUGGCUGAAGCCGACACGGACUUGUCUCAAUUGAGAAAAGAGUGUAUAACUAGCCUUUAUUUGUGUACAGAUAAUUUAAACAAAUAUCUAGAAAACGAAAAAGAAUCUGAAUUCGCUAAACUUAAGUCUUAUGUCAGUGAAUAUUGCUUAUUAGAAGCGCAGGAAGAAGUGGCUAUUCAGGCUUUGGACAAGGCAAAAAGAGAAACAGAUAUUUCAAAUGUGGAUACCCUGCAGGACAGAUUUAAAGCUCACCUCAGCAACCUUGCAAGUAAGCGUCUUAAUGUGAACAAUCAUCCAUACAUGUUGGAACUGAACAAACGGUUUGAGAAAAGGCAACAGGCAGCCAGACAACAUUUGGAUGAAUCAGAUGUAGCUAUUACGGAAUCUCAAGACCAAUAUAUUGAUCCAAUAACAAAGAAACCCAUAGUGGAUCCUGUUAAGAAUACAGUUUGUGGACAUAUCUAUGAGAAGGAAGCCAUUAUAAAUUUAAUCAACAUGAAAAAUAGGACAAAAUGCCCAGUGGUUGGCUGUGGUAAUCGUGGACCCGUACUGACACAGCAUCUACUCUCAGACGACGAGCUGAAGUUCCGCAUGACUCUUACACAACAUUCCACCAUGAUACAGGAGCGGUCCAUCAUGAACUUGGAUGACAGCAUAAAUUGAUAAGAGAUUACCAAACUAUCUUCCACGAUAUUAGCAAAAAUGUUGAUUGCAUCUAGAACGUAAUAUAACUAGGUAACUUUAAGACUGCCCCGUAAAUUUGGUAAUAAUGUAUUAAAUUAAGGUAUAAAUAAACGAGUAUAGGUGGGUAAAAUUUGGCGUCGUUUCUGACUGUUGGCUGUACAUAAAAACAUGUAGGGACCAUAUUGCUAAAUGAUACAAUUAAAAAUUAUACAAAUAUGUAUAUAUAUAUUUGUAGAAUUUUGAACUCUAUUAUCUGUACCGAUAUUACUUAGUCCAAACGUUAUUUUUUUUAUGGCUGCCAUCGUAGACAAUGGUAAUAUUUUGCUAACUUCAUGGUUAGAAAAGAUUGCAUGUAAUUUAUAAGACAGUAAUGUAAUUUUUCGGUAUGGUAAUUUCUUUUUUUAAUAAAAAAGUCCAAAAAGUUCUUCUCUUACUUUAAUUUAUACGGCUGCCAUCAAUUGAGGUCAAUUGAUUCUGCCAACGUCAUGGUUGGAGAACCUAGGUAUAUAUAGGUAUACUGGGCAAACAUAGGAGUUAUGCAUUACCCAAAAGUUCUUUGAUAAAGAUUUCGAUUGUGAUUAUGUUUAAGUGGUGGCUAUUAUAGCUGUCGAAUGCCAUCUCUAGGCUCUAAAUAUAAUGCACUGUAAUAGUUCAGUUAAUUAUAUUAAUUAUCACUCGACUGUGAUCGAAAUAAACUAAUGUUUUGAUA